AUGAAGCAGGCCCACAGAGAGAAGAAACCGGUGCGCGGAGAAGCAGUGAAGAGAACAGGCCCGAGAGACAUCCCGGUACUCCCACUCAUAUACGACUGGCCAACUUCUUCGUCUCCUAUAUAUGGACAGUUCGCCCCCGCCGAACGGGCGCGUCCUAGCUGUGCUCGCCGAGCCCGUGCCCAUUGCACGUCCGCGCGGCAACGGUGCUGUGCGACCCGCGCUGAAUGGACAUAUCGCGUAGAACGUGGACCGCCCAGCUGAUAACGCGCCCACUGGCCGCCUCGAGUGACUGCAUGCGAGGCUGCGUGCGCAGGUCCACGCCCGAGCAAACCGAGUCAUCAUCAGUCGCGCCUGCACUCGGAACUGUGACACGCGAUGUCAUCCCACAAGCCAUCUUUGGCAAUGGCAUCAUCAAGACAGUGCAUACAUAUACUCUUCAUUGUCUCGUUGCUGGUCAUCACAUCACAUGCAGAGAGAACGAGGUCUGACGAGCGCCACGCGCAAUACACUCGGCAGUACACAGAGUCAGAUGAAGAUGACUGGGACAGUGUUCAGCAACAAAGGGUUGUGGAAGACACUCUAGAUUUGGCUCAGCCCUCAGGACAGCACCAUGUUGGAGGCACUGGAGGCGACACCAGACACACAUCGGAAGUUGAAGUGCAGAAAGUAUUCGAAGAGCGCAAACCAGGAUCACAUAACUUCACUGCUCAUCGUUACCGGCAGACACCCGAGGAAUCUGAAGAGGAGGACACGGAUCAAUCACGCACAAACUACACCCGUCGAGUGUACACUGUAUCUGCAUCAGGUGCCAGGGGACAAAUCAGCAGAACUGAUUCUGGUAGUAGGCACCGGACAGAAGAGGACCGAUCAGGAGGCCGUCGGGGCUCAGCACACUCUGAUGUGUGGUCCAGGAGAACAAGCACAGAUAAACCAGACGAUGCAGAUGGCAGCAGGCCCACUUAUAUCAGGCGCACUGAGUCAACAACACGACACCGAUGGUCAAGCCGUGGUGGCAGUGAGGAUGAUACAAGUUCGUUGUUGCAGUCCAGGCGGUACGGUUCUGCAGAAACUUUAUCCGGCAGGCACCGAUGGUCGGCAACCACUGAGCAGCCAACACGUGAGACUACUUCGGUGUAUGAGGCUCGGCGGGCAUCAGUUGACCGGGUGACCUCACAGCAAAGGUGGUCUGGUCAGUACACCACAGAGAGGCCAGAGCGUCCCACCUACACGCACCAUCGGUCCUCUACUGAUCGCCCCUCAAGCAGACGGACCUGGUCAAGCCACUUGGCCACUGAAAGGACGAGUUGGUCGGCGAGUGGAGUCAGCUCUACAACCACUGAUACUCCUGAGGAGGACAAGAGCGGAUCCACUUAUGUUCGACAGCAGUACCAUUCGAUCACAGCAGGAAGUCACCAUGGCACGAGUGAUCGUCCAGAAACUUCCUCGGAAGCUCCACGCCGUGAACACUGGGGUGCGGGCAGUCGACACCGAGUUGAAGCAACUGGCUAUGACCGGGAAAGUGAUCGCGAUGGGUCAAGAAGAUGGUCAUCACAGCGGGGAACAAGCGCAGAGGAUACUGUGUCCCGAGGACAAGAAGAGAGACGGUGGAACUGGCGUGGCUACACAGCACGUUUUGGUGAGCAUGGAAACGCAACACACCGUGUAGAUGUCGGUUCACGUACACGGUUUCAGCCCACAGUUAUCAGUCCGCCAAGUCGUGCUGAAUAUGAUGGAACCUCGGUGCACCAAAGGCAUCGUGUGACAGCCUGGCGCAACACUACCAUUGUCCGUGGGGAGCCGACACACUGGUCUGAGGAUACGCAGAGGCGAUACGGCGGCCACGAUGACGUCAGGAGAGGACAAGGCGAAGACACAACGUACACGAGAACAUCGUACACAAGGCGUAUCAAUGGAACUAUAUAUUACGGUGGAGGGCAGCAUUCAUCACGUUGGAUGUACGGGAGAGAUAAUGUAACAAGUGGCGGCUCAGUGACAUAUGGAUCUAGUCGUGCCAGUGGAACAUAUGGUGGUGUGGAAGGGCAGACCGAGCCGCCUUAUGUCCGACCACAACCCACGGAGACGCAUAGAGUCACUGGAGGUGUGGAUGACAUCGAAGACGACAGGCAUCCAUUGACUGCACUAUCGCGAGGCUCCCACCAGCCGCAUGCCUGCGAAGAAUCGAGUUGCUAUCCGGCAACGGGAAACCUGCUCAUUGGUAGGGAGGAGAAAUUGUCGGCAUCAUCCACAUGCGGCUUGCGUGGUGUUGAGACGUACUGCAUCGUGAGCCACCUUAAAGAUAAGACCAAGUGCUUCCGAUGUGACUCAACCAGGAAAGGAAAGGAUUACCACGGCAUUGAAAACAUUGUCUCUAGGAUUGGCAGAAGGCACAAGGAUACAUGGUGGCAGUCCGAGAACGGCGUGCAAUCCGUGUCCAUUCGGCUGGACCUGGAAGCAGAAUUUCACUUCACGCAUCUGAUCAUCACAUUCAAGACAUUCAGGCCAGCUGCCAUGCUCAUUGAACGAUCACAUGACAACGGGCACACGUGGAAGGUGUACCAAUACUUUGCGUACGACUGUAGUGACGCCUUCCCACACGUGCGGAAGGGGCAACGGCGAAACAUCACUGAUGUGACGUGUGAGUCGCAAUAUUCCAGCGUCGAACCCUCGACCAAGGGAGAGGUCAUCUUCCGUGUGCUGCCACCGCACAUCCACAUCGACGACCCGCACAGCCGGGACGUGCAAGACUUGCUCAAGAUGACCAACCUGCGCAUCAACUUCACUCGCCUGCACACUCUCGGUGACAAUCUGGUGGACUCGCGUCGGGAAAUCAAGCAGAAGUACUAUUACGCCAUCUAUGACAUGGUUGUUCGAGGCUCGUGCUCCUGCUAUGGACACGCUAGUCGCUGCAUACCAGAGGAAGGAGAGUCUUCUGCUGCAAAAGAUGACAUGGUGUUUGGCAAGUGCCUGUGCACGCACCACACGAAAGGCCUUAACUGCGAAAGCUGCGAAGAUCUGUACAAUGACCAGCCUUGGAGACCAGCAAGUGAGAGGGACCCAAAUCCAUGCAAACCCUGCAACUGCAACGGGCAUGCCAGCAAGUGCCACUUCGAUGCGGCCGUGUGGGAGCGUUCGGGACGUGUGAGUGGCGGCGUCUGUGAUGACUGCCAGGACAACACUAUGGGCCUCAACUGCGAACAGUGCGUGCCAUUUUAUUUCAAGGACCCUCAGCGUGACAUCAGCGAUCCCUAUGCCUGCCAACCUUGCGAUUGUGACCCCCGCGGUUCCUUGGACGAAGGCGUGUGCGACCCACAGGAUGACCUAACAUCGGGGCUUGUUGCUGGUCGCUGCCACUGCAAAAAAAAUGUCGAGUCCCGCCGAUGCGACCGUUGCAAGAAAGGUUUUUUCAACUUCCAGGCAGCGAACCCUGAUGGCUGCGAGCCCUGCAGCUGCCAUGAGCUUGGAACAGCAGGCGACGGCUGCAACGUCUACACAGGCGAAUGCACUUGCAAACGCAACGUCAUUGGUCGCGACUGCAACCAGUGCCUGCCGGAAUUCUAUGGGCUGAGUCACGACGAUGACGGUUGUAAGCCCUGCGAAUGUGACCCCGGAGGUGCCUAUGAGAACAGCUGCGAUGUGAUCACCGGCCAGUGUCGCUGUCGGCCCAGUGUCCAAGGACGCCGCUGUGACCAGCCAGACACUGGCUACUUUGUUGGCAACCUUGAUUUCAUGGUCCACGAGGCUGAACUGGCCAAGGCCAGCCCUGACUGCCAAGUGCUGGUACGAGAGCCUUAUAGUGACCGGGAGGCAUCAUGGACUGGUCUGGGCUUCAUGCAAGUCCAUCAGGACUCUUAUCUGGAGUUUGACGUUCCUGAUAUACCGACGUCCAUGGAUUACAAUAUUGUCUUCCGUUAUGAACCCAAGCUUGCUCAAGGCUGGGAAGAGGCUAUCGUGACUGUGGACAGACCGGGACCAGUUGAUCCCAAUGGGCCCUGUGCCAAUGCCAUUCCUCAGGAUGACCGUCAAGUGAUUAGGUUUUCUGCAGGUGACCGGUAUGUGAUUGUUGCACCACCCGUCUGCUUGGAGAAGGGCAGGAACUACAAAGUGCGAGUGACGUUCAAGCAAUACGACCGCGAGGUGGACACGCCUUCAGCAUCGAUCCUAAUCGACUCGAUGGUGCUCAUGCCCGACAUAAAUGCCAUCCCAUUCUUCCACGGAACUCCGGCGAACGAAUACAGAAGGGAAGAAUUCGAACGUUUUCGUUGCGGGCAGGCAUUCUAUGCCGUACGAAGAGGGGCCACCCUUCCCGAAAUCUGCAAGAAGUACCUCUACAGCAUUGGCUUCUACGUCUUCCAAGGAGCUCAGGACUGCAGGUGUGACCCACAGGGUUCUCACAGCAGUGUGUGCAGCACACUGGGUGGGCAGUGCCAGUGCAAGAGCAACGUGGUGGGCCGCAGCUGCGACCGCUGUGCACCCGGAACCUACGGUUUCGGUCCUGGAGGCUGCCGACCAUGCGACUGCAAUGGAAUUGGUUCCCUGGACAACUUCUGCGAUGCCCAGACGGGCCAGUGCAAAUGCCGGCCUAACACGUACGGCCGACAGUGCGACGAAUGCCAGCCUGGCUUCUGGAACUACCCCAACUGCCAGCGCUGCGACUGCAACGGUCACGCAGACACGUGCGACUCGAGGACAGGUCACUGCAUCCAGUGUCGGGACUUCACAUCAGGGCCUCACUGCGACAGGUGUGAGGUCGGUUACUAUGGAGACCCUCGGUACGGAGUGGACAUCCCCUGCCGCCCGUGCCCAUGCCCGGGCACUGCGGACAGUGGUGUCAACCACGCCACUAGCUGUGACCUGGAUCCACGCACUGGCAAUGUUAUCUGUCACUGUGCACAAGGAUAUGUAGGUGAAAGGUGCGACCGGUGUGCCAACAACUAUUAUGGUGAACCCAACGUUCCUGGUGGCUCCUGCCGGCGCUGUGAAUGCAGCGGCAAUGUCGAUGAGACCCAACCGGGCAACUGUGACUCGCGCACGGGCGUCUGCCUGCGCUGUCUGUACAACACAGAAGGUUCUCACUGCGAACGCUGCAAGCCGGGUCACUACGGAAACGCUUCGCUCCAGCAGUGCUACGAGUGUGUGUGCAACCUUCUUGGCCUGGACCCCAACCGAGGAUACUGUGACCCCGUGACCGGCCAGUGCCCAUGCCUGCCAAAUGUAGAGGGCAUCUCUUGCGAUCGCUGCGCUCCCAACUACUGGAAAAUUGCCAGCGGCGAAGGCUGCGAGGCAUGUGGCUGCGACGCCCUUGGCUCCUAUGACCUGAAGUGCAACGAGUUUGACGGCCAGUGUCCAUGCAAGCCAGGCCAUGGUGGGCGGCAGUGCAAUCAGUGCCAGGACAAUCACUGGGGUGACCCACGAGUCCGAUGCUAUCCGUGCGAGUGCAACGUGCCUGGGGCAGCCACCAGCCAGUGCCACCGGAACAACGGCAGCUGUGUUUGCAUUUCGGGAGUGGCUGGCGACCGCUGCGAGCAGUGCGCUCGUGGCUUCACGGGACGGGCACCAUACUGCGACUCUUGCGGGGAGUGCUUCGACAACUGGGACCGUAUCAUCCAAGAGCUGCGUGAGGAGACCCAGAACAUGAUAAACUCAGCACGGCAAAUCAAGCAGCAGGGUACCACUGGUGUUUACACGCGCGAGUUCCAAGAGAUGGAAGAAAAGCUGCACGAAGUGGAAGAAGUCUUGAGCGGGGCCAACAUCACUGGCCUGGACCUUUUGGACCGCCAGUCACUCAUUGAAGAGAUCCGGCGCAACCUGACUGAAAGCCAAAUACAACUUGAGGAAAUUGGAGACCGGUCAGGAAAUGUGACGCAGCGCUCCUUUGCCACCAACCUGAUGCUUGCAAGUCUCCAUGAGCGAGCGCAAGAACUAGGAAGAGAUGCCAAGGCUUUGCGCGAGAACACCACAGCCCUGCAAGAGGCCAACGUCGAAGGAGCACUAAACAUCACAAGGGAAGCCCAAAAGAGGUCCCAGAUGGCCGAGGGACGAGUCCGGGGAGCGCAAGACGACAUUGUCCAGUCACAGGCCACGCGUCGUUACGUUGAGCGAAAACUGGAAGACACGGCCAGCGCAUACAAUCGCACGUACCAGGAGAAUGAGAAUGCCCUGCACAAACUGCAGCAAGAGGUGGCUGAUUUGGAAGAUCAAAUCUCCGACGUCAACGAGCUUGUCUGCUACCGACGAGGAACAGUGGACCGUUGCGAUUCACUCUGUGGAGGUGCAGGCUGUAACCACUGUGGUGGACUAGGCUGCGAGGAAGGUGCUCUCACCCGUGCUAACAACACGCUCACCAUGGCCGUCGAUGCCAACCAGAUUCUCGGGAAGAAAGAAGUGGAAGCCCGAGAUCUCUUCAAUGCGGUUGGUUCAGCAGAAAGGGAAUCGCAACGGGCCCUCGAAGAAGCGAAGAAGGCUUUUGCACGCUCCCAGAUGGCGAAGAAUCAAUCUGAAGAAGUUGGCAAUGACCUGCAGGACUUGCUAGACCGUAUUGACAAAUUCCUGAGUGAAGUAGGAGCGAGACCAGCUGAAAUUCGAGUUCUCGCCGAAGAGUGUAUUGGUCUGUCCAUCUCGCUGGAACCUGAACAAAUUCGUGAGCUGGCGAAGGAAAUUAAUGAAACCAUAGCUAGCCUGACUGACAUCGAUGCCAUCUUGAGAGAAACCGGGGAUGAUCUCAGGCUUGCAAAGGACCUCAAGGCUCAGGCAGAUCGUGCAAGGACUAUGGCAAACAAGAUUUUGGACACCGCCAAGGAGGUCUUGCAAAACCUGGACGAUGCCGCUGAAGCCCAAGGUAGGGCCAAGCAAGCAAUUGAUCAGGCUCGACAGCACAUCAACACAGCCGAGGAAGAUCUUGCGCAGAUCGAGGAAGCCGCCUACACAGCGCAAGGUGUGGCCAACCGGUCUCUGGACCAGGUCGGAGGACUGCAGGAUCGACUGGCUGAGCUCAAGAAGCAGUACACCCAGAACAACCUGGAUGCUCGCAAGGCCGUCAACGAAGCAAAGGGGGCCGAACGUCUAGCGGGACAGGCGCACACGGAAGCCGAGGACUUAGAAGCAGAAUACAAGAGGGCUGUAGCAGACUUGGGUGGAAAGUCUGCAGCCAGCGGAGACAUGAAGGAUAGGGCUGAGAAGCUGCGAGAGCGAGCCCGAAAGCUAGCCGAAGGUGUGAACUCCAAGGCCCAACAACUGCAAGGCAUGGAAGAUGAAUUUGACGAGAAUGAGCAACGGCUGCAGGACUUCUCUGGCAUCUUGGAGCAGUUGAAUCAAGAAAUGAUGACUCAUCUGCAGCGCAUCGAUGAGCGGUCCGCUAAAUAUCGCGAUUGUCAGAACUAACAUUGGGCAGCCUAGCCUAGCCUCCCAGGGGGCGCCACGUACAUGUCAUGUGCCAUGUACUGGUUGGCUCUGUUCAUCAAAAGCACACCACGAGGCAGCAUAGUACUUGGCUUUCAAAGAAAGGUACAGACGGAUAGUGAGCCUUUUUUCCAUCGACAGUGAUGCCACCGCAUCAGUGAUCGACUACAAAACUACGCAGACAUAGCUCCAACACGUGUUAUGCACAUGUGUUAUGACAUUUUCAUUUUCGUGCUCACUCCACACAAGAAAAAAUGAUCGACCCUUGAACUCAGUCAUUGUACCCGUUGAACAGGCAAAUGCAUUAAAUUAACGGGACGUUACAUCGUGCCACCCCAUUAAUGCAAUGAGCAAAUUCACAUGGUAGCUGCGCAUUUGCAUCAAUUUCUGCAAGGUUUAUUUUUUGUAAGUCCAGCAAGUGGCCUUCUGCAGAGAUUCAUACAGACAUGCUCUGCCUUUGGGAAAGAGGCUCAUUUUCGAAUACUGGUAGCAGCCAUUCAAGUAGAAGGUGCUUGUUUGCUUCUAUGUUGCCCAAUGAAUGCUUGGAUGAGCAGACCAGUUGUGUGUGAGCUGGGCUGCGAAACAAGUGAACAGUUGAAGGCCUCUUCAACACGAGGACAUUGCUGCAUGCAUGAGUGCAGCUUUCUUUAGAGGGCAGUGCAAAUGACAUAAGAAAAUUCACUAGUUUUUCCACCAUGUUGUCUGUACUCUUUUAUGCGAGUGCUUUUGAUCUGUCUCAAAACUCUGCUGUCAAUCAUCAGAAAGUGUGUGGUAACAAGAAAAUGCUGGAAAUGCAGAAGGGCUGACCAAAUUUGUGACAAUUUUCCUUUUAUUUUUCUGCUUGGUUCAUGCCUAGAAAAUAGCAAAAUUUAUGCUCACUCAACCGCAGAUUGUGUAAACCUUGCAAGCAACGGUUCUGUCAAUGCUUUUGUCAUGUCGCUUACAAUGUGGCAACGUUUCCUGCAACACCAAGAUAUUUUAUUAUGACAGCUGUCGCAUUGCUCUAGAAAAAAGAAAAGAUACUUAUGGAAAAUUAGCAGGAUAGUGGAAUAUGCAUGUCCCUUGCUUUCUUUCAUGUGCUUAAAAAGUGAGGCAAUAUUAGAAACUAUCACAUGCCAAGCUAGCAGAAAAUCAAAGUAGUGCAUAUAGCCACACAGACAUGCUUUCAUGCUCAUUUUUCUCACUUAAAUUUUGGUGAUGCAGCCUAGCUGGUUUUCCUGAACUCACUGCCAAUGAAACUACUAAUUCACCUGCCACAGGGGUGUCAAAGGAUAGCGUUGGAGUGAGCACUGAUUACCACCUCACUUUGAAGUGCCCACUCUGCUGUUUGCCAUGCAUAAAGCAAAGCACAGCUGUCCACAUCACUCUCAUAUAUCUGUAUUUAAUGAAGCAAACCAACCUGUAUACUCAUAACGGUGUAAAGGAAUCAAUGGAGGAAAGAAAAUGUAAAAAAAAAGACGAAUGUAGGUGCUUUGUGUGUUGUACUCGGUCAUGUGUAUCACAGUUUGUGAAAAGUCCUGCCAAGAAAAUAUGUGCAAGUUUGCAAAGCUGUUCUCAAGAUGACGUUUCUUCAUGCAGUACCGGAGCAGUGCAAUCUUUUUUUCUUUUUUCCCUUGUUGCGCAACUUUUUUGCAUUUGUUGCUGACAUAUUGUGCUACUUUACAGUACAGUUGACUGAUUGCUUUAGAGCGCUCUCGUGGCAUGCUUUGCAUUCGGCUGGUUAGCUCGGAGUGCUCGGAGGCAAUUUCACCUUGUGGCUGAGAGCAUUAAUGAGUACUUGGAAAAGUGAUCCUGAAAGUAAAAGCAUUUUCGUAAAUGAUCAAUCGGAAAUACAUACCCAGGGGUGACCAGUUUCACUUAUCAUAAACAGAUUUUGACUUGUUUUUGCAAAAUCGCUUAUGAAAUCCUCUGUUUGCUUUUCAUGGUUUUUAGGGGCCGUGCCGGAAGCUCACACAGUCCAUUUAAAAUGUAGCAACUUGGAUUCACAUUGUUUCACAAGUUUCUUCACAUGUAAGAUUUGAAGGUGGCCUGGACUGGUGCACCCAUUUAUAUAGCAAGUCUUGUCAUAAAUGGGAAAAGUAGCCUAAAUAUCGCCAUCAGCGCCUAGUUUUAGUACUGUAAUCAAUAAUGGUUACCAAUGUCUUGAAUGUACUUUCGCAUUUAUAACAAAAUGCAUUUAUCUUCGAAAGUGUGCUUGGUAAUGCAAUUUACAAAGUAACUUUGUUUCAUAACUUUUAGUAGAUAUUUCAAAUGACGCAUUCUACUUGUUUCACACUAUCUUUUAGAAAAAUCAUUCAGUUUACUUCUUUUGAGGGAGCUCAGCUUGGCCCAAUCUCAUCCGGUUACCCUGAACACGAGUUGAUCAUUAAAUUAAUUGAUCACAGCUGGUCAACAGGGAGGGCUGAAGGGCUUUUGAGUGAAGGAUUACUGUCAGCGUAGGAACAACAUUUUCCAUGGAUUGAGGAACGCAAUAUCACAGUCAGCUGACAGAACUUCUAAAGCACAAGAACACAUGAAAAGUAGCACACUGGAAGUUUUUCCUUAUUCUCCUUUAGUCCGUUCAGUGCAGUGCCUUACAGCCAAGUGUACUUUUUUCUCUCUCUCAGAGGAGGGCUCUCAGAUGUGCCAGUACCACUGCCACUCACUUGCACCUAACUCUUGUUUUCGUCCAUGCUGCACAUGUAUGUGCAUGCUUGCAAGUGUUGGGAGAACCCUUCAUUAUGUCCUAUUGACUCCUAUUUAAUGCUUUAGGGUGCUUGCGUCUUUGUCCUUUUUUUUGUGUGUGUGUGUGUGUCCUUUGUGGUUCUAUUUCCUGUUUGAGUGUCGUGCAUAUUUCUGGAAUAGAUAGUUGUGUGCACAAAUGUGCGCAAAUUAUUGCUGUGUGCCAUGAUCCAGUGAAUACCCUCUUUCACAGCCAAAACACUGCACUGGUCAGAAAAAAAGAAAGUGCCUUUUGUUUGUUGACAACCCAUAUUUGUUGGAAUAAAAGAAUGUGUGCCAAAACUA